CCUUGCAAGAGGCUAGUCCGGAGCUUGGAGGGUGGGGGUGCGGGGGCCGAGCUCUUGGGAAAGAGAGAGACACCAAGGCCCUGCUGAGAGACUGGAGAGCUCCCCUUUCAAAGCCCUUGGUAGAACAGCCUUAACCUAAUCCUUAGUCUUGCUUUAGGAAGGAGCACCUAGGAGCUGUGGUGGUGGCAGCAGCCACCAGUAGCAGCUGCAGCAGCAGCAUCGGGUGAGGGCAGCAGACGUCUGAGCCGUGCUCAGCGCCCCCUCUUCCCGCCCGUCCCCCCCCCCGCCCCCCACGGGAGGAAAACAGCAGUAUGAAUUGGAACCCUACAUAGAGAGAGAGACAGAGACAGAGAGACAGAGAGGGACGGAGAGAAGGAGGUGGGGAAACAGCUGAAGGGACUGAGCAGAAGGCGGAGGAGGAGGAGGAGGAGGAAAAGGAGGAGAAGGAGAGAGCUGCGAUUUGGUGGCGUCUCCCUCCCUCUCCCGGGCUGGGCUGCCUGUCGCUGAUGCUCUGGUUUUGCUGAGAGAAUUUGCAGCAGGGAGUGCUACCGGGAAACCUGAUACAAUAAGGCAGUCUGCUUCCCUUCCUCCGGUUCCCCCGCUCCGACCCAUCCAUCUACCCAGAGAGCCCCCUACCCUCUCUGCGGGAGAAGAGGAACCAGGAGGGGAAAGAUAAGAUUUCUAGGGUGCUUUUUCUUUUCGAGUUCUUCGCCUGACAAAGAAAUCGAUCCCAUUCCCAAUGGCUCUUAUCAUGGAACCCGUGAGCAAAUGGUCUCCGAGUCAAGUGGUGGACUGGAUGAAAGGCCUGGAUGAUUGUCUUCAACAGUACAUUAAGAACUUUGAGAGGGAAAGGAUCAGUGGGGACCAGCUACUUCGAAUUACACACCAAGAACUGGAAGAUCUGGGAGUCACUCGCAUUGGCCAUCAAGAACUUAUAUUGGAGGCAGUGGAUUUACUGUGUGCACUGAACUAUGGCCUGGAAACUGAAAACCUCAAAACCCUUUCUCACAAGUUAAAUGCAUCUGCCAAAAAUCUGCAGAAUUUUAUAAUUGGAAGGAGGAGGAGUGGCCACUAUGAUGGGAGGACUAGCCGGAAAUUGCCAAAUGACUUCCUGACCUCUGUUGUGGAUCUGAUUGGAGCAGCUAAAAGUCUGCUGGCAUGGCUGGACAGAUCUCCUUUUGCUGCCGUGACUGACUACUCACUCACCAGGAAUAGUGUCAUCCAGCUCUGCCUGGAGCUAACAACAAUUGUUCAGCAGGACUGCACAGUAUACGAAACAGAGAAUAAAAUUCUUCAUGUGUGUAAAACUCUUUCUGGAGUCUGUGACCACAUUAUCUCCCUUUCGUCUGAUCCCUUGGUUUCACAGUCUGCUCACCUGGAAGUGAUCCAGCUAGCAAACAUCAAGCCAAGUGAAGGGCUGGGCAUGUACAUUAAAUCAACAUAUGAUGGCCUGCAUGUAAUUACUGGAACCACCGAAAAUUCACCUGCGGAUCGAUGCAAGAAAAUCCAUGCUGGCGAUGAAGUGAUUCAAGUCAAUCACCAGACUGUGGUGGGGUGGCAGUUGAAAAAUUUGGUGAAUGCUCUACGAGAGGACCCGAGUGGUGUUAUCUUAACUUUGAAAAAGCGACCUCAGAGCAUGCUUACCUCAGCACCAGCUUUACUGAAAAAUAUGAGAUGGAAGCCCCUUGCUCUGCAGCCUCUUAUACCUAGAAGUCCCACAAGCAGUGUUGCCACGCCUUCCAGCACCAUCAGCACACCCACUAAAAGGGACAGCUCCGCUCUUCAGGACCUCUACAUACCCCCUCCUCCAGCAGAGCCCUACAUCCCCAGUUUUUCUACUCUCCUUGAAUCAAUUUAUGAUGAACCAUCUCAAGAUGGAAACAACCAUGGUUCAUGGUCUUCCUUCUUAUUAGACAGGGAUGAAAAAGGAAAUCUUCCCUGUGAUGAUCUCAGUAGGCACCUAGUGGGCAAGCCAGUGCAUAAGGGAUCUGAAUCUCCAAAUUCAUUUCUUGACCAAGAAUAUAGGAAGAGAUUUAAUGUGGUUGAAGAAGAUGCUGUUUUAUAUUGCUAUGAAUAUGAUAAAGGAAGAUCAAGCAGUCAAGGAAGAAGAGAAAGCACUCCAACUUAUGGCAAGCUACGGCCUAUAUCUAUGCCAGUGGAAUAUAAUUGGGUGGGGGAGUAUGAAGAUCCCAGUAAAAUGAAGAGAGAUAGUAGAAGAGAAAAUUCCCUUCUUCGGUAUAUGAGCAAUGAAAAAAUUGCUCAAGAAGAAUACAUGUAUCAGAGAAAUAGCAAGAAAGAUACAGGGAAAAAGUCUAAAAAGAAGGGAGAUAAGAGUAAUAGUCCAACCCACUAUUCCUUGCUACCUAGUUUACAAAUGGAAGCUUUAAGACAGGACGUCAUGGGCACACCUGUGCCAGAGGCCACCUUAUAUCACACAUUUCAGCAGUCCUCUCUGCAGCAUAAGUCAAAGAAGAAAAACAAAGGUCCAAUUGCAGGCAAGAGCAAACGACGAAUUUCCUGUAAAGAUCUUGGCCGGGGUGACUGCGAGGGCUGGCUUUGGAAAAAGAAAGAUGCCAAGAGCUAUUUUUCACAGAAAUGGAAGAAAUACUGGUUUGUUUUAAAGGAUACAUCCCUGUAUUGGUAUAUUAAUGAAGAGGAUGAAAAAGCAGAAGGAUUCAUCAGUUUGCCUGAAUUUAAAAUCGAUAGAGCCAGUGAAUGUCGCAAGAAAUAUGCAUUCAAAGCUUGUCAUCCUAAAAUCAAAAGUUUUUACUUUGCGGCCGAACAUCUGGAUGAUAUGAACAGAUGGCUAAAUAGACUUAACAUGCUAGCUGCUGGGUAUGCAGAAAGAGAGCGGAUCAAGCAAGAACAAGAAUUCUGGAAGUCUGGAACUUCCAGCCCACACCGGCAGAUUUGCCCUUUUUCAUUUGAUUACUGGAGUGAGAGUGACAAGGAAGAAGCAGACACUCCCUCGACACCCAAACAAGACAGUCCCCCACCCCCCUAUGAUACAUAUCCAAGACCUCCUUCAAUGAGCUGUGCCAGUCCAUACGUGGAACCCAAACACAGUCGGCUCUCCUCUACAGAGACCUCUCAGUCACAGUCCUCUCAUGAAGAAUUCCGCCAAGAAGUGGUUGGGAGCAGCGCAGCCUCCCCCAUCCGUAAGACGGCCAGUCAGAGAAGGUCCUGGCAGGAUUUAAUCGAGACGCCCCUGACCAGCUCAGGAUUGCACUACCUUCAGACUCUCCCCCUCGAAGACUCAGUAUUCUCUGACUCAGCCGUCAUCUCUCCGGAACACAGGCGGCAGUCUACCCUUCCAACUCAAAAAUGCCACCUGCAGGAUCACUAUGGGCCAUACCCCUUGGAGGGAGAGCGAAUGCAGGUGUUGAAUGGAAAUGGGGGUAAGCCUCGCAGUUUUACCCUUCCCCGGGAUAGCGGGUUCAGUCACUGCUGCCUGAAUGCACCGAUCAGCGUGUGUGACCAACCCGAGGAUGCUCAGCAGACCGAAGUGGAGGAGGACGAAGAGGAGGAGGAUGAAGAGGGGGAAGCUGUGGGAGAAAACAUAGGGGACAAAAGCUAAUACACUGCGAGAGUUGAUAGAACCUCUCCAUGCCCAAUCGGAUCCACUUCUCUUGGCACUGAACCCAAUGGACUCACAGAUUGAUAAGCUAAAGUUUAGAGAAUUUAGAUCGGAGAGAGUUGACACGGCGCAGACUCAACUUCAACCGCUUGCAAGCAACUUAAUGGCCUCCGUUCCGAAAACUUAAUAAGUCCUUCUUUGAUGUUUCUAACAGAAAACAGACUUUUAUAAGUUUAGACUACCAAAUGUCUACAUUUGGGGCCUCCAGAAAGGGAUUUUAAAGGGGCAGAGCAAUCUUAUGAAGAAUACAUCCUUUCUACACUGGGACUUAGGCAUAAAAUCAAAGCCAAGCAAGAUGGAGGACAAUAGCUGAAAAACUGCCAUCUCUAUGGGAGAACAGAAGGGGAAGAGGGUUUUUUAACAGGUCAAGGGCUCUUGAUUGGUGACACUUCUAUUGUAUUCUUCUGACAUCAAGGAAAUAAAGAGGGAUCAGCUUUGGUAACUAUAAAAUCCUGGCUUUUUGUGGACUCUUCACUAUCCUCUGUCAGGAAAAGUGGAGGAAUAAAAUCCUGUAUAAGUGUGCUUUGCAUUUUUUUUAAAUUACAAAAAGUUGAUCUGUUGUAUCAUCCUAAAUUAAGUGUAAUCUGCCACAGCAAGGUAUACACAGCUUGUUCUAAGACUUAAUAUGUCUAAUAUUUUAUCUUGCAUAUUCUGAUGUAACUGAGACUGACUUAGAUGACAGUGAUGAAGAAGAUUCCACAAGCUGGGCUUUAUUAGAUCCCUCAGAUAAGAUUUUCAGUUCUUCUUUGUCUUCUGGGACUUGUAUGGAAGUGUUGUUGCCUCAUAGGACAAAUAUAAGGUGUUAUCUAUAAAACACUUUGACUCCAUAGGGCUAUAAGUUUGUUUUUCAGACCAGGUUUUUGUCUGGAUGUCAUUCAAGCUAGAUUCAGAUGUUAUUAUUUAUUAUUAUGUGCUGGGCAUUCUGUGGCUCAAUAUUAGCCUCUCUCUCUGUAGUGGAUGUGAAAUUCCUUUUAUUUAGUUGAAUAUAGAUAUACCAUAAUAGUUUCAAUGCUAAUUACUGGAUAUUUCAUACUGUGUUAUGGACAGAUAAUUUAAAACUGUAUUUUGAAAUGUUUUUUUCUUCCUGUCACCGCAGUGUGUGGUAUUGAAUAAUGUUAAUAUCUGUAAAAAUAUAUAUUAUAUAAAAAUAAAAAUGUAUGACCAAUUGGUAUGUAAUCAUUUUAGAUAGAAAAAUAGUAUGCCAAGUAUAUUUGAUGGUAAUUUCCUUCCUAAAGAGAAGUAAAACAGAGAUGAA